GGUGAGUUACUGCUUUGCCCCCCCCUCCUUCCUAUGUGGCGCACAGCUCGACAGUCAGCGAUGGAGGAUUUGAACUAGACUGCAAAGCUAAGCCAAUGGUUUCCUACUAAACACGGCAGUGCACAUAAAUACCAUAGCUUCAAGGAAGACGUUUUUGAAGAAAGCCGCUCAACACCCGCCUCACACCAAAGGGCUCCAAAUUAUCCAUAGGACGCUUAAGUACUAGACCUUUUUUUCUUCAACAACUUUUCCACUGCCACGUCUACAGUAUUUGCUCUCAGCAGAAGGAAGAUUGAGUUGGUACCUCUUUUGAAAUGAGGACGUGAUGCGGACAUUUCUCUUAAAUAAUCCAUAUGCAGGACCGACCAGACUCGGGCACUUGAAUAUUGAAGACAUAUGAGCAGGUUGAAACAAAAAAGAAGGCUUAUUAGAAAGUACUCACCAACUGCAGUUGUGGUUGUGAUCAGAUGACAAAUUUCUGCCAACAUGAACAAAUCUUGAAAGAAAAUCAUUUCUGUUGUCAAUACACAAAGAGUUGAACCAAAGGUGAUUCUGCCACUUGUUCAGGUUUUAUUUUCACAAGAAUUUUCAGAGCCCGUUUUUCUUGAAACCUGCUUCUUCAACUUUAAGCCUGAGGCAAAACCCAGAGGAAUUCUGGGACAUUGUGAUUAUGCUGGAAAUGCAGCAUGUUACAUGGCACCCAGCAGCUCCCACAGGACUCUCCAGUAAUGCCAUAUUGAGCAGUACAGCUGGACUCUAGUGCUGAGCUGAUGAACAGGAUCCUCAUGUCCAAAUAACUCCUCUUUAAAACUCUUUCGCACAGUCAAAAAUCACCCAUACCCAGGAGAGCCUUUCUUUUAAUUUAACUAUGCCUGCAUGUGGUGCAAGGAUGCCCCAUAAUAGUGCCCGCUGCUCCUGAGAACGAGACUGAGGAGGAGGAGGAGGUGGAGAACAGGAAGGAAAUGACAGAGUGCUUGACAGAAUGCAAAGCGCUGGUGACUCCAUCCACGCGCAAUGGCCACCGUGUCUUCAGCUACACGCUAGAGAGCCACACAGCAGCCGCCUUUGCCAUCAUGAAUGAGCUGCGUCUGGAGCGUCAGCUGUGCGACGUCACGCUGCGUGUGCGCUACAAAGACCUGGAGGCGGUGGACUUUGUGGCUCACAAGGUGGUGCUGGCCUCCUCAUCCCCAGUUUUCAGGGCCAUGUUCACCAAUGGUCUGAAGGAGUGCGGUAUGGAGUUGGUGCCCAUCGAGGGGAUCCACCCCAAGGUAAUGGAGAGACUGAUAGAAUUCGCCUACACCGCCAGCAUCUCUGUGGGGGAGAAGUGUGUGAUCCAUGUGAUGAAUGGUGCGGUCAUGUACCAGAUUGACAGCGUCGUGAAGGCCUGUUGUGACUUUUUGGUCCAGCAGCUCGACCCCAGCAACGCCAUUGGCAUCGCCAGCUUUGCUGAGCAGAUAGGCUGCACUGAGCUCCACCAGAAGGCCCGAGAGUACAUCUACAUGAACUUCAGUGAGGUGGCGACACAGGAGGAGUUCUUCAAUUUGUCCCACUGUCAGCUGGUCAACCUAAUCAGCCGCGAUGAGCUCAAUGUGCGCUGCGAGUCAGAAGUCUUCCAGGCAUGUGUGGCCUGGGUGCGCUAUGACCGCGAGAACCGGCGGCCGUAUGUCCAAGCCUUGCUCAAGGCCGUCCGCUGCCAUUCCCUCACCCCCAACUUCCUGCAGGCCCAGCUUCAGUCUCUCGAAUGGGACCCUCAGUGUAAAGACUACCUGGCCCAGAUCUUCCAAGACCUCACCCUCCACAAGCCCAACAAAGUCAUUUCUUGCCGAACCCCAAAGGUGCCACAGCUCAUCUACACAGCCGGAGGUUAUUUCCGCCAGUCCCUCAGUUACCUGGAAGCCUAUAAUCCAUGUUCAGGGACCUGGCUGAGGCUCGCUGACCUGCAGGUGCCCCGCAGUGGCCUGGCAGCUUGUGUGAUCAGUGGGCUUUUCUACGCUGUAGGUGGAAGAAACAACGCGCCCGAUGGCAACAUGGACUCAAAUGCACUGGACUGCUAUAAUCCCAUGAAUGACUGCUGGCUGCCAUGUGCACCAAUGAGCGUGCCAAGGAAUCGAAUUGGAGUUGGUGUUAUUGAUGGGAUGGUAUACGCAGUUGGCGGAUCGCAUGGUUGCAUUCAUCAUAAUAGUGUUGAAAGGUAUGAUCCAGAGAGAGACCAAUGGCAGCUGGUAGCGCCCAUGCUGACACGGCGUAUUGGUGUGGGUGUGGCAGUCAUCAACCGACUGCUUUACGCCGUGGGAGGGUUUGACGGGGCCAACCGACUCAGCUCCUGUGAGUGCUACAACCCGGAGAGGGACGAGUGGAAGACCAUGGUCCCCAUGAACACUGUGCGCUCUGGAGCUGGUGUUUGUGCACUGGGGAAUCAGAUCUUUGUGAUGGGCGGCUACGAUGGCACCAACCAGCUGAACACAGUGGAGUGCUACGACGUGGAAACUGAUACGUGGAGCUUUGCUGCCUCCAUGAGGCACCGGCGCAGUGCUCUGGGAGUCACUGCCUUACAUGGACGCAUCUUUGUUUUGGGAGGCUACGACGGCAACACUUUCCUGGACAGCGUUGAGUGUUACGACCCAGAGAGGGACAGUUGGUCAGAGGUGACGCGGAUGACGUCGGGGCGGAGCGGCGUCGGCGUGGCCGUUACCAUGGAGCCCUGCCAGAAAGAGCUGCCCCCAUGUCAAACAUCUGAAAGGGAGAGUGGAACAGAGUCCCCUGCCUAUCAUUCAGCGAACUCUGGCUCUGGGUUUCACCACAAUCAGAGGCACAGCCCCGGGCCCUUUGGCAAAGGCACCUGAAGAACCUGUCACACAUGCACAUACACAAACAAGCGCCCGAAAACCCAACACAACCCUUCCAUGGUAAAUUGUUUUUUGCCAAAUCCAACUUUUGUGUGUGUGUGUGUGUGUGUGUGUGCGUGCGCGCGCGCGUGUGCACACAUGUAUGUGUGUUCAUGUCCUCAGUCGGACCAUUAUACCAUCUCCCAGGUGUGAGUCAUGGGAGUAAAGGGCUGCAUACUUAAAAAAAAAAAAGGUGAAGUACUCGUAAGUACUUGGUAAUGUUUAAUCUGAGUGGAGGAAAUAAUUUCAAUUGAUUGUAUUAUACAUACAUACGUGUGUGUGUGUGUAUAUAUAUAUAUAUAUAU